GGUGUAAGUUCUUCACUGUCCGCCAUUUGCAAAAUCCGAAAAAUUGUUCGCGUCUCUCAGUAAAAAAGUUGAGAAAAAGCAAUCAAAGUGCUUGUGUUUUCCAAAAAAUUGUGCACAAUUGAAAUCAUUGGAGACCCUGUGGGGUGCAUGGGGACAGUGGUUUUCGCACGAGGGUAUGCUAGGAUGUGAAAAAGCGGGCAUUUUCUUCGCGUCCAAGUGAUGAAAAAAAGUGCGACCUUUUUUUCCAUCCAUUUUUGAAAAACCAUUUUAGACUUUUGGGUGCAUUUUCCGGCAAACAUUGACGGCCCCGGGGCAUCCCCAAACAGCUCCCUGGUGACAUUUUGUGCGGAAAACUGCGCGAAAAUGUGAUGUUUGUGCCAGAGGGGGGCAUUUGCAGUGACUGCGUUAGAUGUGGGCUGUGUGUAAAGGAGAAAAUUCGAUUGUGAUGAAAUUCAUCACUUUGCUCCAUUGAUUGGUGGCCACUGUGGAAAAACACCGAGCGGGUGAAAAAGUAGCAUCUUUUGCACGAAGCUGAGGCUGCCGGGCCUGAGCAGGAGAGAGCUUCCCAUGGUCCACAUGUUAAUUAUCCACAGUGAGAAUAUAAACAAACUCCAUUCAAAAAAAAGUGACACUGACAGUGAAAAAGUGACAGUUUGGUGGAGAUUCUGAGAAAUUUUUCACCAAAAUAUUUACCUUUUCCCACCCGCGCGUUCUGAGGCUACGCCGGGAAGUUUGUAACAUAAAAAAAAACGUGUGAAUUAAUUAAAAAAAAACUUUUUUGAAAAUGUCGGGGAGGGGUGGAAAACGCCGGGGACGCCCACCCAAAACCCCCGUGGUUGAGAGGCAGUCAAAAUUUCAAUAUCACCUCAUGAAGAAGCCCAAAUAUCUGCUAAACAAAGGUUCAGACUCACAGAUGAGCACCCCAUCCGCUUCGAGGGCAUCAUCACCUCAGGGUAGCGAUGGAAGUCGCAGGAGCGCCUUUAGGGCGUCUUCUUCGAAAACACGUCGUAGCCGUGGUGGAGGAAAUUCAGGGAAGCGUGGUCCAAGUUCAGCGUCAUCUGCCUACCCACGAAAAGGAUAUGAAUCUGAAUACCACUACGGAUCGGAUUUUGGUGAUUCAACGGAUAAGAGUGAUGCCGAUGAUGAUCCCCUAUUGAUGUCACGCUCAGAGACAGAUAGUCUCGAUGAUGUUGAUCAUGAGAGCGAUAGUGAUUUCUCCCUGAGUAGCUACAGCACAAAUAGCAAUCACGUCCGCCGGGGGCCACGACCACCAAGUCCUGAACCGCUGUGGUUGCAGGCACGAGAGCUACCAGCACUGGAGCUGCCACCAACGUCGGAUGAUCUACUCAUACCACAGCACUAUGCACUGAAAGUGGCAUCAAUAUACGAAGUGAUGCGACGCUUUAGGAAUCUCGUGCGUUUGUCCCCAUUCCGAAUUGAGGACUUUUGUGCGGCACUCAUGUGUGAGGAGCAGAGUAAUCUUCUUGCUGAGAUUCACAUGAUGCUACUCAAAGCAAUCUUCCGUGAGGAAGAUAGUCAAGCAACGCAUUUUGGGCCACUCGAUCAGAAGGACAGCGUCAAUAUUUCCAUCUAUUUAAUGGACACAUUCACAUGGCCGGAGAUUUUGCGGAAAUACUUGGAGAGUGAUGGGAAUUUCGAUAGGAAUGUGCUGAAUAUUCUCACGACGAAGGAAUAUCCAUUUUGUAGUGUCGACGAUCGUCUCAUGGUGCUACAAUUUCUCGUUGAUCAAUUUCUCAUUACAACACCCGUGCGUGAUGAUAUGCUCCAAGAGGGUCCCAUUCACUAUGACGAUCACUGUCGCAUUUGUCAUCGCUUGGGGGAUUUGCUGUGUUGUGAAACAUGUCCGGCUGUUUUUCACUUGGAAUGCGUUGAUCCACCUCUUGUGGAUGUACCCACGGAAGAUUGGCAAUGUAGCAUUUGUAAGACACAUAAAAUAUCCGGAGUGAUGGAUUGUGUGUCUUCGCAGGAGAAGCAGGGGAUUCUCUGUCGGCAGGAGCAUUUAGGUUUUGAUCGGCAUGGGCGAAAGUAUUGGUUUAUUGCACGGAGGCUGUUUGUGGAGAAUGAGGAAGGUACUGAAGUGUGGUACUACAGUACGACGAAACAAUUUGAAAGGGUUAUGUCAAAGUUGGAUGAGGGGGAAUUUGAGACUUCACUGUGCCAUGAAUUGAAUGAGCUGCGUGAUGAAAUUCUUCGGCAGAUGACCAUCACGGAAACAUUGACAAAUCAACAUAAGGGUGGAAAGAAAUCUUACCUUGAGAUUGAGAAUGCAACCAUUGAGAAGCAACUGAAGGAGGAGAAUCAGGAGAAUGGUGGUGGUGGUGGUGAGGAUACGGACAAGACUUCUGCAGCGGAUGAGGAGAAAAAGGAAGAGAAUGAGAACACGAAUUCCACAGAUAUGGACGUCGAUGGGGAAUGCACGAAUAAUAAUGGAGCCAGUGGAAAGGUAGUGAUGCCACAGAAGAAUAUGGUAACAAGAUCAAAAACAGCCACACCAGCUACAACCACGGAUGUAAAGAAUGGGAAAAAUGGUGCAGAUGAUCCCCUGAUGGAUACAAGCCGCGUUACACGCCAUCGUCUCAGUCAAAUUGCCUCUGGGACACUCUACUUUAAGCUCGGCAUGGAGAAUUCCUUCAGGACGUAUGUUAAUCAAUUCACAACAAAUAUCAAUGCCCUGAAUAAGCCCCAGCGCAAUGAGGAGCGUGACAAGAAGAGGCAUCUUUCGCACAAAUUCUCCCUGACACAGGCAUCCGAGUUCAAAUGGAUCGGAGCUGUAAGUGCGACACAGAUAAAUAUUGUAACAACACUACGGGCAACAUUCCUGGCGCUCGAGCAGAAUAUUUCAGCGCCGUAUUUACAUCCAAAUUGGAUAAAUAUACGAAAGACAUGGGUUUCAUCUGUGGCAAAUUGCAAUCAUCCCGUGGAAUUUUCACGUGCUCUCAUUGUCCUACAGGCUUGCAUGAAGAAUUGUAUCUUUGCGAAUGUUUGGCACGAACAACUUGGGCACCUUAAGCUCUAUCGCAUUACAUCUGGGGAGCGUGAGGAGAAGAAAAAGUUGGAGAAGCGUGAAAAGCGUGAGAUGGCCGAUGAGGAAGAACGCAAUAGGAUGACGUAUAAUUUUGUCAAAUACUCCCUUGGGUUGAAACAUCAAGUUUGGAAGCAAAAAGGUGAGGAAUAUCGUAUUCAUGGGCAAUGGAGUUGGAUUUGGAUGUCCUACAGUCGUCGUCAGAGGUGCUAUGACACCGUGGGAAGGGAUCGUAUCCCACCACAGAAAGUCAUGACGCACAUUCAAAUGGCAGAUGGAAGUGAGAAUGUAUUGGAGCUUGAACCUAAAGCAAAUACCUUCCUGUGUAAUACGGAUUUGUCAAAUCCCCUCAAUUCGUGCAUUCCCGAGGAACUUCAGGGUGCAAAAGUCCUUCCAAAUGUUGGGAAUUUCAACACAAUUGACGUCUCAAAAGCCCUCACGUCAACUGGACGUCUUCUCUACCCGAAACGUGCAAAGAAAUCCUCCCUAGAUGAUCUACUUCAGCGACGUAUUCAAUUGCAUGACAAUGAAGAGCGUGCAAUGACACGUGCAAAGGGAACAGACAUGGACAUUGAAACAUCCCCCAAUAUCCCCAAACAUACAAUUUCAACAACAAAACAAUUGGGAAUUGUCCCAGAUUUGGGGAUUGUAAAGCGUGAAAAUAAUGUCGUUCAGAAGGCAGGAUCGGAUGUGUUGAAUAGUUUAACCAAGAGAAUUGAUACAGUACGUACACUCUAUGGUCAAAUGAAUCGUGCUGCAAAAAUCUUCAAAUGCUACGGCCAGGAUUGCAAUAAUACUUCCAAUGUUGUCCUCACAAAACCCAAUUCAUGCUUCUCCCCAAUGUGUAUGCAAAAGGAUCGCGUACGACGAGAGCUUCUUGCUUUGACGAAACGUGUUCAAGGGAAUUCCUGCGGUGUAGGUGGGAAGAAGUCCUCAAUUCUCGAACAGAAAUUGACUGAGGGGAAAUUUGAUGAGAGCUUCGAAGAGGAAGAUUAUCAGACAAUGAUUAAAAAAUCCCUCGAAAGUGCUGUAAAGACAAUCAUUGAGUAUGACGCUGAAGCUGUUGAGGAAUGUAUCAAUCAACCAAUUCCCGAUGAACCACCACAACCUGUCAAGCAGGAAGACGUCAAAGAUGAAGAGGCAGCAAAAAAGAAGGAAGAAAAAAUGGAUGUAGAUGGUCCAUCGCAGGGAGAAGACGCUAAAGGAACAAAUGCAUCAGACACAGCGGAGAAUGGAGAAUCCGCAGCAAAGAAACCCAAAGUUGAGGAGGAAAGUGAUCAAAAUUCCAAUUCCACCGAUGCUACAACGUCAAAAGAAGAUGAAAAAUCCGGAAGUGCUGGUGAGAAGGAUGUCGAAUGUACACCACGUCGUCCAGCACGUGGUCGUCCACCGCGCAUAAGUCGUAAUAUCACAACAACAACAACCACAACAUCAACAAAGACCACAACAAAGUACAUUGAUGGGAAUCUUGCGAGUUAUCAGGCUGAAUCAACGGUUAAGACGCAAACAGUUGAGAAUCAAGAGGGUGUCCGUAGUGUAACAACCAACACCGUCAACUCCGUGAGUGGGAAGACCCAAUAUGUUGAGCAUCAUAAUCGACGAUUCGCCACAACGAAGACCGUAAAGAAGGAGGAAGUUAGUAAAGUUGAGAAGGAAUACGGGCCAAAUGGCGUUGAACGUGUCUACACGACAAAAUCAGCCAGAGGACGUAUCUACCUCAAGCGACAUGUUGCAGAAGUUCCCGAGACAAAGACAAAACCCAAACCAGCAGCAAUCAAGUAUCCCGUCACGGGGAAUUUCCUCACAAAGAAGGGAACACGAUCAAUUUUGGUGCUAUCGAAGCAUGAACUGAUUAAGUUAGCACGAAGUGGUGGACGCAAUCCCGUUGCUGGGUUCCAUCAAAUUUCCAAGAAUAAUACCUCAGUAUGGCCCUAUCCGUGCUCAAGGCCACUCUUCCGCACUUGCUGGAUCUAUCGAACAAUGAAUGUUAAAACCCUGAGUGCGGUGGCUUUGCAGUUACGUAUCAUGUGGACAUCACUCCGUUGGGAUGAUAUGAUUGCCAAACCACCUACAACUGAUGGGAAACAUCAGAUAACCACGGAAACUGAGAUAAUGUCCCUUGAAUUGCUGAAACAUCGGUAUUUGGGGAAAUUUAUGGAGAGAACGCAGUAUUUGCGACGGAAGGUGGUUAUUCCGCUUGAAUUGCCAAAAGCAGUGCGUGAAGUAACGUCAAUACGGUCGGGUUUGAGGAAGCGCAAGAGGGCUGAAUCACCCCAACAGACGGAACCACAAGUCACAGAGGAAUGGGUGGAUGAGGAGAAGUUGGAAUUAUGGGAAAUUAAGCAGUAUGGGGAGAGGCAAGAAAAGGCAAAUGCAUCAUUGCCAGUAACGCGUCAAUCAACGGGUAAAUUGCCACCUGCACGACAAAUGGACAUUCAGCAGAGCAGCAGUAAUACAUCAUCGACGAGUAGUGGUGGUACAAAGACAAUUAUUGUGAGUAGCAAUGCAACACCGGAGGAGAUUAAGGCAAAAAUGGAGGAGCAAUUGCGUAUACAACGUGCGGCACACAACCAAAAACGAGCAAUGGAGCUCAAGACUCAAGGUGGAACAGUUUCAUCGGGACGUGUGAUAAAGAGUCGCAAUAUUCUUGUAAAACAACCCGAUGGUACGACAAAGAUUAUUCAGCAGCAAAUUGUGAAGCAACCAGAAACGCAGAAAGUUCAAAUUAUUCGUACACCAGACGGAAAGGUGUGCGUUAAAGGGCUUCAACCUGGUCAGCAGCUCUAUCAAUUACCCGAUGGGAAGAUUCAAGUUAUCAGCAGUCCCGUUUCCAACAAUGCCACAGCCAACAAGUCAAAGACACUAAUUGCAAAAGCACUGCAACAAAGUUCAGGAGCUUCUGGUUCUUCGUCGACAAUUACACGUCAUCAGGUGGCCCCUAAGGUGGCGGUGGCGUCAAAAGCAGUCGCCACGGUGGCGGGAACAACAAAACCAAUUGGGCAGAAGAUUCAAGUGACGAGUAAUCAGCUCUUGACUCAGGGAAGUGUUGUGAAGCAAGUGAUUCCGGUUGCAACACAAGCGAGUACAGUGCAGAAGAUAAUUACGAGUACGGGACAAAUUGUGAGUAGUACGUCAACGGUGCAACAGGCAACGCAGCAGCAGCAACAACAGAAGAUUGUGACAUCGUCGAAUUUGCAGCAACUUCUCUCACAGACGGGUGGGCAGAAGUUGGUACUGAGUCAGGGGCAAGGUGGUCAGAGGAUCCUUAUAACGCCAGCGGGGCAGCAAAUAGCUGCACAACCAGGAACACCUGGGCAACAGAUAAUUGUGCAGCAAUCACCGCAAACGCAAACGGUGCAACAGCCACAGCAGCAGCAGCACAUUGUGAUUAAUCAGGGCAAAGUGCAGCAGGUGAUUGGGGGUGCGCAGCAGCAGAUCAUUGUUGGUGGUCAGAGGAUUCUCCUCAAUCCUGGACAGCGAAUUGUCACGUCUCAGGGUACGCAGCAGGUACAGCUACAGUUGCAAACAACAACACAAGUGCCGGCAUCGCCAACGCAACAGCAACAACCUGUUCUUGCUGCAGCAACACCCACAGUUACGGCAACAUCGCCACCAACGGCUGUUUUGGCGACGCCGCAGCAACAGCAGCAAAUUGUUAUUCAAAAUUCCAAUUUGGCACAACAAUUUGCCAGUGGGAAGCUUCAACUGGCCACCAUCAAUGGGCAACAGGUGCUACUGCGUCCAUUGGCGAAUAAUCAAGCCCAAAUUGUGGCACAUGUGAAACCUCAUGAUGCUGCCACAUCCACAGCACAAGUUGUUGUCUCCAAUACCGCGGGAACGCCGCAACAACAACAACAGCAGCAGGUUUUACCGACUGUUCAGCAAGUUGUAUCACCACCAACUACGCCACAGAAGGUUGCUGCUCCCAUUUCCCCGCAAACUCCUGCUGCUACGUCCAGUGGUCAGAGUUCGGGUAUUGUGUCACCAAGUAUUGAGCAUUCACUGUUAAAGGGACAACCACCGGGGACGGUGAUUAAAUGUGUUACGGCGCAAGUUAUUCAAACACCAGCUGGUCCACGGAUUGUUCUCCAGGGAUUGGCCAACAACGACUUUACGCCGCAGCAACUAUCUCUUGUGCAGCAACAAGUUAAGCAGCAGCUUCUCAAAGGUAGAGCUCAAGAAUCAAGUGGGAAACAGGGUGUUCUAGGACCAACAAAGAUCUAUCUUGCCGUUCAACCAGCCACACAACAUGCUCAGCCACCCCCGUUGGCACCGGUACAGAAUAAGGCAGACAUUUCGUCGCAACACCAAAGCACAUCCGGUGUACAGCUGAAGUCGGGUGUCCAAGUGCAAAAGAUUGUCGUCAAUGGGGCUGGCAUAAAUACGGAUUUGAAGAAGGGAAUAAUUCAGAAAGUAUUGACGGGGAAAGUACAGAAAGCCGAACAGCAGGAAGGUGGUGACGAUUUUGUCAAUGAUAGUGAAAAUCCCGAGGGCCAAUCCACUACAGAUGCCGGCGAUGAUGGGGGUUUCGUCGUUACUCCCGAUUAUAUACAGCAAACGAUAAAAAAUGCACUGAAACAGGAGAAUCUCAAUCCGGAAAUUGAGGAGAAGCUCCUUAAUUUACAACGCUACCAAGAGCGUCAGAUGAAGCACGAGACGCCGGGUCAAAGUUAUGCAAUUCGUGAACCAUCGCCGUAUGAUGAUGAACCAUCACCGCCGCCAAGGCGGAAGCGACGUUCGAGUUUGUCGCAGGACGACGAGGAAUGGGUGCUAGAGACCCCAAGGAGGCGUCCCACGAAGAUUACAGGGGGGACAUCGAGUUCAUCAUCUGAACGCAAAUUCUCCGAGACAAUGAGUACGGGACAUCCAGUAGCACCGUAUGUGGGGUCAAAGUUGCGUAGUCACUUAAACAGUGAGAAUAAGACACGAUCGGAAGGUGCUGCGACGUCUCCUGAUCGAGCGGGGAGUGUCCAUAAAUCGCGACCACUGCAACGACGGGAAUUGGUGACGAAGCGAGAACUGGAAGUAAAGAAAAAGCAACAGCAGCAAAUGCAGAUUCGCCUAUACCGUCAAAAGGAGCUACUGAAAAAGGAUAUUCUGAAGAAGCGUGUUGUCUUGGAGAAAGAUUUGCAGAUUGAGAUUCAAAAGGAAUUGGCACAAGAGCUGGCGGCACGUGCUAAUCAGGAGCGAUGCAAACAGGAAGAGGUCAAAGCAACAAUUGUGCCAAAUACGACAAAUACGUCCAAGAGGAGAUCUGGUGGUAAUGCUGCAGCUGCAAAGAAAUCUCUUUCUCCUGUUCCUACAUCUGCUGCCACGACAUCAUCAAAUACGCCAAAUCAGGCACAAGGUACGCGAACAACAGGACGUACGCGGAAGUCAACAUCAAAGAAGGCAGCAGACGGGGCAGGGCAUACAGGAUCGUCAAAGAAGAAAACGGAGAAACUCUAUUGUAUCUGCCGGACGCCCUAUGAUGACACAAAGUUCUAUGUGGGCUGUGAUUUGUGCAACAAUUGGUUCCACGGUGAUUGCGUGGGGAUCACGGAGGAGGAUUCAAAGAAGCUCAAUGAAUUCAUCUGCAGUGAAUGCAAACAUGCAAGAGAUACUCAGGAGCUCUAUUGCCUCUGCAAACAGCCAUACGAUGAAUCACAAUUCUACAUUUGCUGUGAUAAGUGCCAGGAUUGGUUCCACGGCAGAUGCGUUGGGAUUCUGCAGAGUGAAGCGGAAUUCAUUGAUGAGUACAUCUGUCCCAAUUGUACGAAGAACAAUUCUGUCAAUUUUGCCAAUAUGAAAUCCCUCACAACGACCGAAUUUGAGAAUCUGAAGAAGCUCAUGAAGCAAAUUACGACACAUAAAAAUGCGUGGCCCUUUAUGGAGCCUGUAGAUCCGCAAGAAGCUCCUGACUACUACAAAGUCAUCAAAGAUCCUAUGGAUCUUGUGAAAGUGGAGGAGCGCAUUGAUACCAAAUGGUAUACAACCUUGUCUCAAUUUAUUGCGGACAUGACGAAAAUCUUCGACAAUUGCCGCUACUACAAUCCCAAGGAGUCGCCAUUCUACAAAUGUGCUGAGAGUUUGGAAGCAUUUUUUGUGCAGAAAAUUAAAUAUUUUCGAGAGAAUUUAGUUGAUAAAGGGCAGUAGAUAAAAGAACAGAUCACGCCCCAACUUUUUUCAAAAAGAAAGCAAAAAAAAAAGGAUCCCAAUAAUUUCCCUUCAUAAUAACAAUCCCCGUAAAUCUUUUGAAAAAAAAAAGAAAAAGGAUACUAGAAAAACGAGCAAUUUUACUAAAAAAAAAGAAAUUUAUAAAUAGAAAUAUUUUCAAACAUAAAAAAAAAACAGAAAUAGUACGUAAUAUGAUGUAGAUUUGUAAGUGAGGUACAAAAAAUAAUGAAAAGAAUUAAUGUAUAAAAAAAAUCUCCCCAAAUCCUUGAAGAAAUUUCCUUUUACUCUUUUUUAUUAACAAAAAAAAAAUGAAAAACAAAUCAAUGGAUUAAAAAAAAAAUGAAAUGCUUCAUAGAGAUAUUUCUAAACUAUAGAAUUAGAAGAGAUGAUGAUACUAUUUUAGGAUUUUACCAACAAUUUUCGUACAUUUUCUUAAUGAAUUUGUGUGAGAAGAAAUUUAAAAAAAAAUUACAAAAGAAAAAUAAACUUUUUAGAUGAUAGACGUUGCAUAAGUUUUGAAAUAAAUGAAUAUAUUAUAUUAAAAAAAAAAAGGAUGAAGAGAAAUAUUAAAAGAAUAAUAAUUAAUAAUUGUGUAAGGAAUUUUAUGAAUUCGUUUGAAUUUGAAGAAUUAUUGCGUAUAAGUAAUGCUAGUGAUGAUAUAAGAAGGAUUUUGUCCAAACAUUUGUCAGAGAUAAUAAAUUAAAUGGCAUUCAAGAGUA